CUAUUCAAAGUUUGGAUGUACUUUAAGAAAUAUACAGUAGAUGGUGUCACAGUAUAUUAUUCAGUGGGUGCGUCCGCUGUCAGGAUUGGUUGUCAGUUUCCUUGAUUGUACAAUAUAUGACAAAGAGUAAAGAGAAACAGGCAGUGUGUGAUCAUGGCUUCCAGCAUGUGGAAGAUCUUGAGUUUCCCCUGGAUUUCAGUGACUUUAUAUCAGAUCCUGCAGUUAGUUUUCCUGCUGUCCUUGGCUCUCCUGCUGCUGAAAUUCAUUUCACUUUAUAAAAGAUGGAGAAAAAUGAAAGCAGCUUUUCAAAGCUUCCCUGGCCCCCCCGGCCACUGGCUGUUUGGACAUGUCACACAGUUCCAGCGAGAUGGUAAAGACCUGGAUAGGGUAGUUGCCUUUGCAGAACAAUACCCAAAUGCUUUUCCGAUGUGGGUAGGAAAAAUAUUUGCCAACUUGAUCAUAGUUCAUCCAGAAUAUGCCAAAGCAAUACUCGGACGAUCAGAUCCCAAAACUCCCAUUGCCUACAACUUCUUGGUUCCUUGGAUAGGGAACGGGCUGCUGGUUUUGUCUGGAGAGACUUGGUUCCAGCAUCGCAGGCUUCUCACCCCAGGGUUUCACUAUGAUGUAUUGAAACCUUAUAUCAAAUUGAUCUCUGAUUCUACAAAUGUCAUGCUGGGUAACUGGGAGCCUCUUUGCAGUAAGGGCCAGUCUGUGGAGUUAUUUCAGCACGUGAGCUUGAUGGCGUUGGAUAGCAUCAUGAAAUGUGCCUUUAGCUACAAGAGCAACUGCCAGACUGACAAAGAUGACGCCUACAUCCGUGCUGUAUAUGACCUCUCCUUUCUGACCCAUCACAGAACCCGAACAUUUCCCUAUCACAGUGACCUAAUUUAUUAUCUGAGUCCACAUGGCUUUCGUUUCCGCAAAGCCUGUAAGAUUGCCCAUCAGCACACAGAUAAUGUAAUUGCGCAGAGAAAAAAACUCUUGGAAAAUAGAGAAGAAAUGGAUAAAGUGAAGCAGAAGAGACACCCUGAUUUCCUGGACAUCCUGCUCUGUGCUAAGGAUGAAAAAGGCCAGGGUCUGUCAGAUGAGGACUUGCGAGCCGAGGUGGACACUUUCAUGUUUGAGGGACAUGAUACCACAGCUAGUGGGAUCUCCUGGAUCUUAUACUGUAUGGCUAAAUACCCCGAGCACCAACAGAAGUGCAGGGAAGAGAUCAGAGAGAUCUUAGGAAAGAGAGAUACCAUGGAAUGGGACGACCUGAGCAAAAUGUCUUAUACCACCAUGUGCAUCAAGGAGAGCAUCCGUUUAUAUCCUCCUGUUCCUGUCAUAUCCAGAGAGCUUGCCAAACCAAUCACAUUCUACGAUGGGCGGUCCUUACCCGCAGGCGCUGUAGUUACUUUAAACAUGUAUUGCAUCCACCGGAACACCAGUGUGUGGAAGGACCCAGAGGUAUUUGAUCCUCUACGGUUUUCUCCUGAAAAUUCUAAUAGACACUCACAUGCUUAUAUCCCCUUUGCAGCAGGAUCAAGGAACUGCAUUGGACAGAACUUCGCUAUGAAUGAAAUGAAAGUGUCUGUGGCAUUAACCUUAAACCGUUUUGAGCUUUUACCAGAUCUAUCUAAACCGCCUCUGAUAGUGCCCCAGCUUGUUCUACGCUCCAAAAAUGGAAUCCAUGUGUAUCUGAAAAAAGCAAGCCAAAAAUGAGGCAGUAGUCGGUGCACACUCACGGGCUCCCCACUACCUCAGGCCUAAUAAAUUCUUAAAAGUAUUAUUACUGCCAUAUAGGAACAUGUUUAUCAAUAAUAGAAUGGGCCCUCUUAUAUUUCAGACUCCACUCGUGGGGAUUAGUAGUUUAUAUUUGACAAUGACAUGCACUUGCAGUACAAAUAAAAAGAAGAGGAUAAGAAGGCUUAUAACGCUAUUUUAAUAAAAGUGUAAAAAGACACACUGUUACAAAUUAAUAGAAAAGAUGGCUUAGGGUUUGUUGAACAAUAUGGCAAAUAAAUACUAUUGUCCUCGAGUCUAGAGUAAUCAGAAGUUAGAGCAACUGAAUGGGAAUGCAGGAUUGAGUACUGACAGUUGUAAAAUGAGGUUCCAUGCGUUAAAAAAAAAAAAACUGUUGUAAAUUAAAACUCUAUCAUCCCAAAGUAUUUUUCAGAUAAAGGGUUCAUCAGAGCCAGUUAAAACCAGUCUAAGAAAGAAUUUGUUAUUAUUACAGUGUAUAGAUUUGCAUCCUGUCAAU